UUUUCAGAAGAUGAAUUGAAUCUUCUGGUUAUCAUAGUUGAUACCAACCCAAUUUGGUGGGGGAAACAAGGAUUAAAGGAAUCUCAGUUUACUUUAUCAAAAUGCAUAGAUGCUGUGAUGGUGCUGGGAAAUUCUCAUUUAUUCAUGAAUCGUUCUAACAAACUUGCCGUGAUAGCAAGUCACAUUCAAGAAAGUCGAUUCUUAUAUCCUGGGAAGAAUGGCAGACUUGGAGACUUCUUUGGAGACCCCGGCAACCCUCCUUCUGAAUUCAGCCCCUCAGGGAGCAAAGACGGCAAAUACGAGUUGUUCACAGCAGCAAAUGAAGUCAUUGCUGAAGAAAUUAAAGAUCUCAUGACCAAGAGUGACAUAAAGGGUCAACAUACGGAAACUCUGCUGGCGGGAUCCCUCGCCAAAGCUCUUUGCUAUAUUCAUAGAAUGAACAAGGAGGUUAAAGAUAAUCAAGAAAUGAAAUCGAGGAUUUUGGUAAGAUUAAGAAAAAAUCAGUACUGUCUAGUCAUUCUUAUUACUCUUAUAAUGUUUCCGGAAUGUUCGUUUCAGAAUAUUUUGAUCGAUGCCUGUGUUUUAGACUCGGAUUCAGGACUCCUCCAACAGGCCUGUGACAUCACGGGGGGACUGUACUUGAAGGUGCCUCAGAUGCCCUCCCUCCUGCAGUAUUUACUGUGGGUUUUUCUUCCCGAUCAAGAUCAAAGAUCUCAGUUAAUCCUCCCACCCCCGAUUCACGUGGACUACCGGGCUGCUUGCUUCUGUCAUCGAAAUCUUAUUGAAAUUGGCUAUGUCUGCUCUGUGUGCUUGUCAAUAUUCUGCAAUUUCAGUCCUAUCUGCACCACCUGCGAGACAGCCUUUAAGAUUUCGCUGCCUCCGGUGCUGAAGGCCAAGAAAAAGAAACUGAAAGCAUCAGCAUGA